CUGCCGGCGCGACUCAAAGGGCAGCCCUGAAGUCCUCGAGGAUCUGCACAUGCGCGACGACAGCUACCCGCACCGGCCCGCCGGCAUCUACCAGACGACGGGUUGCGGAUUAGGGCUGCUGCUACUGCAGCGAGACUUAGGGGCGAGCGGCGGAGGGCAGCAGAAGCCGCCACAACGGGCGGGCUGUAGCGGCAGCGACGACGGGAGCGGGAGUCGCUGCUGCUUGCACGCGCUGCGCACCCUGCGAAGCAAGCAAGUCAGCCUGGAGCGAGAGCUGCUCGAGAGGCAGGCCCGCCAGUGGAGCAAGAGGGAGGCGGCGCUGCUGGCCCGGCUGCAGAGCGCGGAGCAGCCCACGACGCACAGCUCCUGGCAGAAGUUCAGCCCGCACGCCAGACCCAUCGGCAGCAUCGCCGGCAGCCUGGCGAGCGGCCCACACGGCAAGGACAACCAGUUGGAAUCUGCAGAAGGAAUUUAUGUGUCCAGAAUCCUGGAAAAGGGACCUGCUGACAAAACAGAUGGUAUGCAAAUCAAUGACAAGAUAAUAGAGGUCAAUGGAAAGGAUCUCUCCAAAGCCACUCAUGAAGAAGCAGUGGAGGCUUUUCGCAAUGCAAAGGAACCCAUUGUAGUCCAGGUGCUACGGAGAGCACCCCUUAUUAAAACACAUGGGAGCUCACAGGAUGUUCGACUCACAGAUGCCUGCACCCAGACAGAUAUAACUUUUGAGCACAUUAUGGCUCUGGCCAAGCUAAGACCAACUACACCUCCAGUACCUGAUAUCUGUCCAUUUCUGCUUUCAGACAGCUGCCAUUCUUUUCAUCCAGUUGAACAUGAAUUUUAUGAAGGUCAUGAGUAUCUCUCCAGCUUGCCUGCUGAUGGAGAUAGAACUGAGGAUUUUGAGUAUGAGGAAGUGGAACUCUGUCGUGUUAGCAGCCAAGAAAAGCUGGGAUUGACUGUUUGUUACCGCACAGAUGAUGAGGAAGACACAGGCAUCUAUAUCAGUGAGGUUGAUCCAAACAGUAUUGCUGCCCGAGAUGGACGGAUCCGGGAAGGAGAUCGGAUUUUGCAAAUAAAUGGCCAAGAUGUCCAGAACCGGGAGGAGGCAGUGGCAUUGCUCUCCAGUGAUGAAUGCAGAAAAAUUGUGUUGCUAGUAGCAAGACCAGAGAUGCAGCUAGAAGAAGGAUGGCUGGAUGAUGAAAGGAAUGAAUUCUUAGAGGAGUUAAACUUGGAAAUGUUGGAAGAACAGCAUAAUGAAGCAGUGCAGUACACAGGCAAUGAAGCAGAGCAGCCAAAAAAACAUGAAGAAGAAGAUGGCACCACAGACACUGCUACCUCAUCAUCGAAUAAUAACGAGAAAGAUAGUGGAGUGGGGCCCACAGAUGAAAGCCAGCGCAAUGAUGAGAGCUCAGAGCAAGAGAAUGCACCUGAGGAGCAGAAAAAGCCGACAUUGCAAGACCAGCGGGAGCUCGCACAGAGCCAGGACACACUGGGAAGCAUUGAACUCCAAUGCAACGAAAGCCUGGUGUCUGGGGAAUACACUGAGUCAGAUUUUGUUGGUAAUCAGGAGGAGGACUGUGAAAGAUUUCGCCAGCUGCUGGAGCUCAAGUGCAAGAUUCGAAAUCAUGGAGAGUAUGAUUUGUAUUACUCAAGUAGCACAAUAGAGUGUAACAGAAGGCAAAAAGAUGGGGUUGAGCAUGAACUGCAGUUGCUCAAUGAGGAACUAAGAAACAUUGAGCUUGAAUGUCAGAACAUUAUGCAGGCUCACCGUCUUCAAAAAGUCAAAGAUCAGUAUGGAGACAUCUGGGCACUGCGUGGGGGAACAUUCAGGAAUUAUAAUACUAGUAUAGACCUUCAAGGAGGAAAACUGGAUGACAUAAUAGAGCAUCCAGAGAAAUCUGAUAAAGACAGUUCCAGUGCUUACAAUACGGCAGAGAGCUGUAGAAGCACUCCAAUGACUGUAGACCGUUCCCCUGAUAGUUCUCUCCAGAGAAUGAUCAGCAUCACCAACAGGAAAAACCUGAGAAGCACUAUUGUAGCAAACCAGUUGUCUUCAAGACAGAGUAACAGGGAGGCAACCCCAAACAAAACAAAACCUGAACAAAACAGCUCUGUUGAAGAAAAGGAAACUGUGUCAGAGAGUAGCAAAUCCACAGAGCAAGAAAGGCAAAGUCCUGAGCAUAUUCCUUAUUUGUCCCCAUAUCAUAGUUCUUCUUAUAGGUAUGGGAACAUACCUGCGCACGCUAAGCAUUAUCAAAGCUAUAUGCAGCUUAUCCAACAAAAAUCUGCAGUGGAGUAUGCCCAAAGUCAGCUCAGCUUAGUGAAUAUGUGCAAGGAUUCACCAAAAUGUACAGAGCCUAAGAUGGAAUGGAAAGUGAAAAUAAGGAGUGAUGGGACAAGGUAUAUCACAAAAAGACCAGUCAGAGACAGAAUCCUGAAGGAACGUGCCUUAAAAAUUAAAGAGGAGCGCAGUGGGAUGACGACAGAUGAUGAUACAAUGAGCGAAAUGAAGAUGGGUCGUUACUGGAGCAAAGAGGAGCGGAAGCAGCACCUGGUGCGAGCCAAGGAGCAGCGGAGGCGUCGAGAAUUCAUGAUGCGUAGCAGGCUAGAGUGUCUUAAAGAGAGCCCACAAAGUGGCAGUGAGGGCAAAAAAGAAAUUAAUAUUAUUGAGCUCAGUCACAAAAAGAUGAUGAAAAAGAGGAACAAGAAGAUCUUGGACAACUGGAUGACCAUUCAGGAACUUAUGACACAUGGUGCUAAAUCUCCAGAUGACACAACAGUGAACAAUGCUUUUUUAUCAGUUACUACUGUAUAAAUAUGACUGUACUGAAAAAGUCUACUACCAAUUUCGGUAGAGUACGAUUGCCUCGUUCAAAGUGGCAUUUUUAUAUAUUUUGUGACUGUUUAUAGUUUGAUCUUUUUUGUAAGCAAAUUACUUGGUAAUUUUACAUUUCCUUUUCAUACAAUAGUAUUUUGUUUAACUGGUAAUUUUUCAGCCUUUCUUUACUCUGCAAUAUAUUCAUAUAUUCAUUUCUAUUAUUAAAAAAAGCAAAAUUUUAAAAAGGGGGGAGAAACUAAUUACUUUCAUAUCCAAUUUUAUGUACUGGAAGUUAAAAAAACACUAAGUCCUUUCCUCUAGUUUUCUUUUUUAAUACUUUAUAAACUACAAUGCCAAAACAAAAUGCUUUAUACCUUGUUCUUGCUUAUUGGCAUUUUAAAUUUUUUAAUGUCGUAUGUUCCAUCCAUUCAUAAAGCACAUGCCAUAUCUCCUCAACAAACUUAAGAAUGUCAUUUUGUCCAACAGCACAUUGUACAGUAAAUUUAAUUUUUAAAUUGCAAAUGUCUUUGUCCAAGUGUGUAGGUAAGCAAUUCUCCCGUGAUAUGUAAUGACAUUGAUUGUGUAGCUAGGUAAUAUGUGGUAAUUGUGAAGACUGAAGAGAAAUAAAUUAUUUCUUAUCUUUAAGAAAAAUGAUCAAGACCUGCUUUGAUUUUAAUUUCAUUUGGUCUUGCAUACAUUAUCUCUGGGGUUGGUAUUUAAAUGAUGUGAGAUGUGAGCUUAGUGAACGUUGAUAUGACCUAUUUGCUCCCCACUCUUUUUAGUGGUUUAGUUUUAUUCCCCGCAAUUACUUUUGCAUUUCACUACCCUAAAUAGUUUGGUGUCAUCUGCAGAUCUGACCAUCUUGCUGCUUACCCCAACUUCUACAGUAGAUCAUUUAUGAAUAAAUUAAAAAGCACUGGUCCCAAUACAGAUCGCUGAGGGACCCCACUUCUUACUUCCCUCCAUUUAGAGAACUAUCCAUUUAUACCUACUCUCUGGUUCCUGUCAACCAAUUGCCAAUCCACAAUUGGACCUGUUCCUUAUCCCAUGACUGCUAAGUUUACUCAGGAAUCUUUGAUGAGGAACUUUGUCGAAAGCCUUUUGAAAGUUCAAGUGUACUAUCUCAACUGGAUCACUUUUAUCUAUAUGCCUGUUGGCAGUCUCAAAGAACUUCAUAAAGUUGGUGAGGCAAGAUUUACUUUUGCAGAAGACAUGCUGGUCCUCCUUCAGCAGAGCUGUUCUUCUAUAUACUUAAAAUUUUCAUCUUUGAGAAUGCUUUCCAUCAGUUUGCCCAGCACAGAUUUUAAGCUAACUUGUCUGUAAUUCCCUGGACCCCCUGGAUCCCUUUUGAAAAAUCAGUGUUACAGGGGCUGCUUUCCAGUCCUCUGGUACAGUGCCUAGUUGUAAGGAUAAGUUACAUAUGUAUUCAAUGAGGUCAGCAGUUUCACAUAUGAGUUAUUUACGGACUCUUGGGUGGGUGCCAUCUGGCCCUGGAAAUUAGUUAGUUUUUAUUUUUUCCAGACAAUUUAGAACAUAUCUGUCAUUACCUCUAUUUGACUCAGUUCUUUAGCCUCUGUCUCAGAAAAGCUCAGUUCAGGCCCAGGUAUAUGCUCAGUAUCCUCUGCCAUGAAGCCAAAUGCAAAUAACUAGUUUAGCUUCUCUGCAAUCUCCAUAUCAUCCUUAAUAAUUCCUUUACUCCCUCAUCAUCUAACAGACCAACUGCCUUCCUGGAAGGUUUCCUGCUUCUGAUAUAUUUAAAGACAUUUUUGUUAUCUCCCUUGAUACUUCUAGCUAAAUGUUCCUCAAUCUCUCUUUUUGACUCCCUUGCAUUCCUUUUGCCAGGAGGAAUUGUUCCUUUCUGUUCUCUUCAUUUGGGCAGGGCUUCCAAUUUCUGAAGGAAUUCUUCUCCCCCUUUAUAGCUUCAUUGACUUUACUUGUUAGCCAUGCUGGCAUCCUGUACACUGUGACUCUGAUCCAAACCUUUGUGUCCACUUUGAUACCAAAAAUCCUAUGAAAAGCAUAUUUCCAGCAUACAGUCUUAGCAAGACUAAUGCUUUGGUUGAAAACAAAUGCUAAAGUAUCACAAUUUAAAGGUAAAGUGUGCCGUCAAGUUGAUUUCAACUCCUGAUGCCCACAGAGCCCUGUAGUUUUCUUUGGUAGAAUACAGGAGGGGUUUACCAUUGCCUCCUCCCAUGCAGUAUGAGAUGAUGCCUUUCAGCAUCUUCCUAUAUCGCUGCUGCCCAAUAUAGGUUUUUCCCAUAGUCUGGGAAACAUUCCAGUGGGGAUUCAAAUCAGCAACCUUCUGCUUGUUAGUCAAGCAUUUCCUCGCUGCUCCAUUAAGGUGACAAUUUACUCAGUAGUAAAUUAGGACAUCAGAUGGCAAAGGGAUAUUUAUUAAUUUAAGCGCAAAGAAAGAAGAUAUAGGUAUCCAGAAUAAGCAUCACAUCUAACCGCCACUAGCCUUUAUGCUUUAAAAAGAAGCAGUUUAGCAGUUCAGAAGAGAAAGGAGCUUCUGAAUGAAAAAGAGGCAUGUAUACACAUCUGGUCUGUGGAAUCUUGAAGACUGAAGCCAAGGUAGUUAUAUCUGCUCUUUACUCUGGCCUGCUUCUUUACAUUCUUAAAGAUACAGUCAUGCAGCCCUCAGGCCCAUAUUUUUGGAAGACAAAGAACAGUUAUGAAGGCAUGGAAGACUAAUGAAUAUAGUUCUUCCCUCACACAAGCGCUCUGCUGCUUGGGAAGACAAAGCCUCUGUGAGAUUGUGAAGACACAGCCACUGUGGAUUUCAGCCACAUCUUCUCCCCUAGUUCUAAAAGGUCUCCAACAAAAGAACGACUCAUUAAAUCACUAGAAUUUAAAGGUGCCAUAUUUUUGAAAUGAAACUACAAUUUCUCUUCCCUCCCCACCCAAGAUGAUAAUUACAUGUAGAUAUUUUCACUGUUAAAAUUGACCAAUGGAUUUACUUAUAUAAUGUCAUAUACUAGUUAUAUCAUAGGACUCUUCACAUGCGACAUUUUUAAAGUGUACUGCUUCUUUGAAACUUAGAAAGACAUGUAUAGCUGCCAUGUUCUGUCCUAAAUUUUAGCAUUGGAUUUAGUUCAAGUAGACUGUUCAAGUACAGUAUGCUGAGUUCUUUCUUGUUUCUCAUUUAUGUUAUGUUUUAUGUUAUGCUGUACUAUGUUAUGUUAUGGCCUGUGGUCACAACAAUAAACUUAUUACUUACUUA